GAUUCGCGCUUCAUUCAGGUCUUCGGGUGCGCUGAGUUCGUGUAGUAUGCGCCGCUGCUGCUUGCUUGUAGAUGUGUUUCUCUUCUUAUGUCCUGGCGUGUUAUGGUAAUUUCAGGCUUCCACACGGGGAAGUGAACCUCCGUUAGUACCAGGAUGGUAUUAAGAAAAAGACUGAAACGGUGCCUUUGGCGUCAUGUUGAUAUUGCCGGUAAGCGUUAGCUUGUUGUACAGUUAGUCGGGUGGCUAAUGCUAAUACUAGGCCUUCCUCCGGACAAGUUAAAGUUUGAUUUUUAUUUCUCACCCAGCAGCAAAUCUUUUUUUUUUUUUUGCGUGCUUUUUGUUUGCUGCUCUUCCAUUAAACAUCUUUAAAAUGAAGAAACUGGACAGCUUUCCAAGGUUUAUGAACAGGCGAGCCUCUGCUCACUGCCGUUACCAGCCCACCUGUUAUGAACAUGCUGCAAACUGCUACACUCACGCGCUCCUGAUUGUACCUGCUUUGGUGGGUAUGGCGCUGCUGCACCGCCUGUCGGAUAAUCACUGGGAGCGGAUCACCGCCAUGGUUUAUGGCUUGGGCCUGUGCGCCCUCUUUGUGGUGUCCACCGUGUUUCAUAUAAUCACCUGGAAAAAGAGCCACAUGAGGUCGAUGGAGCAUUGUUUCCAUAUAGGUGACAGAGUGGUUAUCUAUUUCUUCAUUGCUGCCUCCUAUGCGCCAUGGCUGAAUCUGCGUGAACUGGGCCCUCUGGCAGCACACAUGCGCUGGUUUGUCUGGCUGAUGGCUGUUGCAGGGACCAUAUACGUUUGCAACUACCAUGAAAAGUAUAAAGUGGUGGAGCUGGCCUUCUACUUGAUGAUGGGCUUUUUUCCUGCAUUAGUGGUGACAUCAAUGAAUAACACAGAUGGCCUUCACGAGGUGGCCUGGGGCGGCUUCAUCUACUGCCUUGGUAUCUUUUUCUUCAAGUGCGAUGGCAUCAUCCCCUUCGCCCAUGCCAUCUGGCACACAUUUGUGGCACUGGCUGCCGCUGUGCACUACUACGCCAUCUGGAAAUACCUCUACAAGAACCCCGGUGUGGAGCCGCUGUUUGACUUCUGAGGGCAGCAGGGUUGAACCUGGUGCUCCUGAGCGACAACUGCAUUGACAGCAGAGACAUUUACAAAAAUCAACCACCCAUUGUUUCCUAUUUUCAAGUGAGGCAGAACUGAACGAACCAACAGAAGUCGAAACAUAAAUUCAGUGGGGGAACUUUGAGUUGACUCCUUACAGUUGGCAUUAACAUGGCACUUUGAGUAUUUGAUAAAUUAUGUCAGUGUGUCACGUUGGUGUUUUGUAUUCGGUGAACAGAAUCACAUUCCACAGCUGAGGUUAUUCACGCAGUGGUUUGAAUACAGUGUCUCCAACGAGGACUUCCAUCAGUCAGAACUGUCGAAACCCUGCUGGUCUCAUAAUCCAGCUGUCCUUCAAAGGGGCAUUCAGAGUGAUGCAUCUCUGUAUAUCCCGAGCCGUCCGUUCAUCAGGCACCUGGUAUCAUUGAAGGCUUGUGGGAGAUCUUGGGACUGGCGUGUUACUGCUCUCUGCCAAAGAAGGCAUCAGUCAGGUUCCAGUGACGCGUAGGAUCGGCGCCAUAAUGAGACCAUUUGUCUUGGUUUUUCCUUCAGUGCGAUCUGAGGCUGCUGGAUCAGGUUUAGCUCCUGAAGAAAACUCUGAAUGUUUGCACUCGCUAAGUGGGUGUGUCUGUAUCCUGUUUGUGUGCAAAAUCGUUAAAUGAUUUGUUUCUUCAGACUUAACGAGGGACCAUGGUGGUGACUGUUGGGACUAAAUGGCUGCUGUUGAUGACAACAGGACCGAACUUCCUAGCGCGUGCUGAGGUCUGCUCUUUAUGAUGUUAGAUGACUUAAAGAUGGUUAAAGUUUGAGCGUGAAUGAAAAUGGGGGGGGGGGGCAGCUGGUACAGAUGGUGUUCUGUUUUAAGUGCAGUAUGUGUACUGUGGAUGUCAGGUCUUUGUACUGUAGUUCAGUAUUACAUUACCACUGUGUGUCUGAGUUGCACCAUGUGUGUGACUGUAAUCUAAAAUGGUGAGUGUGAGAGACAGAGUGGUGUCUGAUGUUCUGAACCACUCAUCUUUUGUAAUGUUUGUUGAUGUUGUGGUCUUUGCAGGGCAACCACAGCGUGUCCACCAUUAUCACCUUUCUAAUGUGAUAAUAAAACUUGAACAUUCUCU